AUGUCAAGAACGCCUCCGCUGAGUAAUGAUUCAGCUCCUCAGGUGGGCAUAAGCAUGGAUGAAUCCGAAUAUAAAUCUAGUACGAAUAAAAGCAAAGUUGAAAAGCGGAAGUCCGAGGUCCUAAUAGCGGCGCAAUCGCUAGAUAAUGAAUUACAGAAUGUGAAAAAUCUAAAACGACUUUCCAUUGGUUCUAUGGACCUUCUAAUAGACCCAGAAAUGGAAUUCAGAGUUAACACAUCACCUACUCAUGUUUCUGUUAAGUCUGACUCUCCAUCGGGUGAAUCUCUAGCCAAUGGGAGCUCUUCGGAUGAAUUUGAAGAUGGUGACGAGUUCUCUUAUGUGGAUGAUAGCAUUGAUAUUACAGGCGCUGAGUAUUUACAAGAGCAUAACGAAUUAUCAUCGGUACAGCAACGCUAUGCGCCAUUAUCUGUGACUACGGGGUCACCAUCAAAACGCAAUUUGAGUGGGGUACGGAGAGGCGGAAACUUAUCGAAUAAGGUGCCGCUGGGUGAAGAUGGAACAAGCAACAAUGAAGAUUCAUUUACGCAGAAUUUACUAUGGGUACCAGCAAAUCAGCAUCCCGGUGUGAAACCAGAAAACUACUUGAAUCUAGUGCAAGACACCUUACAUAAUUUACAACUUGAUUCUGCGCCACAAACAGAAGGUGAUAAACAAAAUAAGGUUGAUAGCGGAAGUACGAAGCUGAUAUUAGAAUCGGAUUCAGAUCUCUCGAAACAGCUGGUGAAGAGACACAAUUCACUUGUUCGAAGACCAUCGAGGUUAAGAAAGUCUUAUACUGAAUUUGAGGAUCUGCUGGAAAAUUCAACCGACAACUCAAAUCACAACGAUGAAAAUAGUCAAGUGUAUUCAGAAGUUAAAACUGCAAGACCUACUCUAAAUGGCUCUCGUUCGGUAUCUUUAAAAGAUAUCACAGAGGAGCUCACAAAAAUAUCGAACAAAGCAGGUCUCACUGAUAGUGAUGCAGUGACACUGGCUAGAACUCUGAGUAUGGCCGGCUCAUAUCAAAGUGCAGAGAACCAAGACGAAGAUGGCCAUACUGCUGAAAUACGAGGUGAGGAAGAAUAUGCCUCUAGUAUGUUAACAAAGAAUGGCUUGGCCAUUCCGGCAAGGUCCUCUCUCAGAAGAAGCAAAUUCAAUACCUAUAGAAUUAGGUCACCCAGUAGUGGUAGUGUGGGCUCAUCUAAUCUUGGAAUGUCAAAUUUGGACUAUCAAGAGCCAGUUGAGAAGGUUGGAUCCAGCAGUAAAGCGAUAUUGCAGUCGCCAUCGUCACUCAAUGAUGUGAAUGAUAUUUAUGAUCAUUAUAGACAGCCGAGCUUAGAUGGAUCAGUCGAUUUAAACUGUUUGGAUCAAAGCGGAUACGAUAGCCCUAUCGAGGAAUUAAUAGAAGACUCGCACACGGAAAUCGCUGAUGAUUCGGACGGUUUAUCAGAUUCAAAUGACUUUUCUAGUGACAGCUCUAUAAUUAGUGCACAUCGUGGAAGUGAGCCCAUCAUAAUCCAGGAACAGUUAGAGCAGGUAUCCGAUGCGACACAAAGCCAUGCAAAAUCCAAAUCACAUCGCAAAAAGGGCGGCUGGAAUUGGUUCAAUAAGAAAAGUAGUAGGGAUCAAGAGUUUUCCAGCGAUGAUGAAGAAGAGCAAAAAAAAUUGAGUGAUUUCCUAAAUAUUAACACUUCCAACAAUCAUUUAGCAGUACCUAUUUCGAAAGUCAAUCAUGCAAGGCAUAGGCAUUAUUCGGUAGGUUCACCUAGCAUAUCUUCAGAAGACCCGCAAGUUCAUGAAUCUACUGAAUCCACAUCGACAAUGAGCAAGCGGCAAAAACGUGAGAAGAAAUUCAUUCAGUUGUUUAAGAGAAGGACAUCCGGUAGCCGGAAGGAUAAAGAAGUGCUAGCCGAAUCCAAGGACUCUAAGCCCAUGCGAGACGGGGUCAAAAAGCAAAGUUCCAGUACCAAUCUCUCCAAAUUUCGCUUAAGCCCCAAAAAGCAAGAAAAGAAAAACGAAAGAUCGGACAGAAAUCAAUAUGCCGGACGUGGAAGUCCGAAUUCAUCUCCGCGUGCUAGUGAUGAAUUGCAGAACGAUGCCUCUCCCACUGGUCUUCAACCUUCGGUUUGCGUGACACGCAAAAAUAUAGGUAAGGGACCACCGGCACAAACGGUUUCCAAAAAAUCUUCAAACGCAUAUAAUGUUCCUGUAGAAGACUUAGUGGAGGAUAUCAGUGUGGAAGACAAAUCUGAUGCCAAGGUGAUUGCAUCUAAGUCAAAAUCUGCUCACGAGGUAAAAGAUUUAUCGGAAACUCAAAAAGCUGACGAUGAACAAGUUGAUAAGGCAAGUGGCCCAGUGGCGCCAGCAGUUCAACCAUACGCACUACCGCCACGGAAGCUGACAUUCGACGAUGUCAUGAAGCCAGAACGCCCAAACGCUCCUAUGCAAUUUGCAGACAGUGCGUUCGGAUUCCCGUUACCUCCCUUGACAGUAUCUACAGUGAUAAUGUUUGAUCGGCGGUUACCAAUCAAUGUGGAAAGGGCAAUAUACAGACUAAGUCAUUUGAAGUUGAGUGAUCCUAAGAGAGAAUUACGUCAACAGGUUUUACUGAGCAACUUUAUGUAUGCCUACUUGAACCUUGUUAAUCAUAGCUUAUUCUUACAGCAAAUUGAAGAGAAUGGGGGAAUGGCGCCGCAAUUGGAAGCGCAAGGAGCUGGAACGAUAAGUAUUCCGGAAAUGUGA